AUGACAUCUUUUUUCUUUAUGCUCGACGCCGGAGCAGUCAAUGGGGACCUGCUCGCAGACUCUAAAUCCCGCCGCCGUCGUAGAUGCUGCUUACUCUGCUGCGUCGCCAUGCUCCUCGUCGUCGCUAUCCUCAUGACCGUACUGGCCCUCAUUGUCUUAAAGGUCAAGGACCCUAAUCCUGAACCGCUUCACCCUGGAUCGGUGUCGCUCAGCUUGACGCUGGGGGUAGCCGCCUCCCUCGAGAACCCCAACUACGCUAGCGCCAAAUUCAACGCUGCCACCAUCGGGCUCCGCUACUGCGGCCGGGAGGUGGGCGUCGCAUACGGGCCGCCGGGCUCGGUCGGCACCCGCAGCACCCUGGACUUCAACUUGACGCUGGAUGUGAUGUUCGACCGCAUGCCCGGAUCAGAGGCAGAUCUGCUCGCCGACGUGAUAGCGGGAAGCAUUGUGCUGACGACGGUGACGGUCGUAGGGGUGAGGGUGAAGGUGGGAUUCAUCAACCAACAUGUGGACGCCAUGGUGAGCUGCAACGUCACCCUUUCCUUCGCCGUGACCACCCUUUCCGUCGCUGGCCAAACCUAUGACAGUAGGAUUUGGUAG